CCACCACCUUCCAUGCACUUGCUAGCAACCGAUUGUCCAGUCCAUCAAUAUAGCCUAUAUAUGAAGCUCUUCACACAUGACGAAUUCUCAGCUCAUGACCACUUUGAUAUCAUUUUACACCAAGAUAAGUCGCGAUGGAAGACACCAUCCUCUUCGACUUGAUCAGAUUCAAGUUCCUUACAAUUUGCAACAUAGUUGAUCUCUUUAGAGAAUUCCUUCACUGUUGUUUACUAAUCAUCCGUCUUCUUUACACCGGGAUCAAGGUCAUCAUUCAAGCUGAAUCCUUCGUUGACGAGGAGGAAGAGGAAGAUGAGACGCUGCCACCUGAGCAAUGCGAGACAUGCAGCAGCCAAGAACUGACGUAUGAUGAUAUCAAAGUGGUCAUGAGCAGGCUUGGGGUGGCGGGUUGGAGAAGUGAUGAAGUACUGGAUGGUGGAGAGGAUGGCAAGUGCAAAGAAUGUAGACUGAUGGAAGGAAUUCAUACGUUGUUGGAGGAGAAAGAAGCUAGUCUGGAGGAGUUAGAGGAGGCAUUCUACGUGUUCGACAGAAAUGAGGAUGGGUUCAUAAGCCCGAAGGAAUUAUGGAGUGUGCUGAGGAGGUUGGGAUUGGAGGGGAGGAGUCUGGGGGAUUGUGAGAGGAUGAUCAAAGUAUUUGAUGAGGAUGGUGAUGGAAGAAUUAGUUUCAGAGAGUUUAAGAGCUUGCUGGAGAGUGCUAGGUAACAUAUUUUCUGUUUUUUUUUUUUUUUUAAACCAGCUCUAUAGUCGGUUUGCAUGUCUUUUCUUUUAAUCAAUGCACAGAAUGGGCUUUACUUGCUACUUUUUUCUCUGUUUUCGGGUUUUGAGUGAGUGAGGGAGUGUGUGUGUGUGUUUUAUUUUGGUGAGUUUUUUCUUUUAAUCAAUGCAUAGAAUGGGCUUUACUUGCUCCUUUUUUCUCUGUUUUUGGGUUUUUGAGUGAGUGUGUGCGUUUCAUUUCGGUUAGUUGUUCAUGGCAAUUCCAUUUUGAUUUGAUAGAGAAAGAGAUCUCAGUACGAACCCUUCAGUUUGGAUGGUAUGACUUUAUAGAUAUUGAGCAAUGGUGAAACAAUUUCAGUGUUCUCCAAGGAAAGAGAACAAGCUCAAAUUUAUAUAAUAAAAAGAAAUUGAUCGAAAAAGGGAUGACGAAGUGAUACAGAACGAAGACUGUUCUUUCUUAGUCCUAUCUAUGAGAGAAGAGCAUAGAAAAGUGUAACCCUAGUGUUGAAUCAUAUACUGCAGAGAGGGUGCAGGGCAGAUGACAAACCUAUUAGCUGGAGAUCCAAUUACUCCAUCGCCAAAUGACAUGUCAUUUAGCUUUCAGGAUGCGAAUGACUUGCGCAUUAUGAAUGUGAGAAUGUCUCACAAGAAUUCCUUUUCAGAGGCCUUGAAUGAUUAAGGAUUUCAUGGCCGGCACCCAAUUUUGUAGGGUAACAUUGUUGCACCCUGAUACUCUUCAAAGAUUUACUCUUUUCCAAGUUUU